AUGGAUCGCAAUUUCGAAUCCAACAUGGGCGCCGGCCGCUCCCAAGGCGUCGCCGACGAGCGCAAUGAUUACGGCCUCGGCGCUGGUGGGUCCCAAGCCCAAGACAAACUCUCAACAACCCUCUCCGCCUCCGAGCGCGGCAAUACAGAGAAUCUCGGCACCGGACGCGGCGCUCAGCCAUCCGAUACAGGCGACAAUCAAUUCGGCCUUGGGAACGAGAGACGUGACCAGGCGCCUGGUCUUGGUGGUGGUGAGGAAGGCAUGGGGAAGACCGCUGGUGGAACGGGAGUGAUGGGUGGACAGGCUGAUGAUGGACAUAAUGAGUAUGGGAUGGGGAGUGGACGGCCGACGAGUGAGCAGGGUAUGGGAAUCAUUCCGGGGAAGGGAUCGGAGGGACAUGGACACGGAGGUAGUAGCGAAGGAGGUUUGAAGGACAAGAUUAAGGGUGUGUUUAGCAAGGAUAAUCUUUAUUCUGCACCAUAUCAGGCAUGA